UCAAAGUGGGCGAGACUCCUCAUUGGACCAGGCAGCAGCGGAAUAGUUAACGUCCCGAGGAGUUUCCUCCGCUGGCAAGUUGUACUUUAUGUAUAGCACCUGUUGUGCCGUCAGUUGGCAGUCUCCAAAAACCCAACCCCGCGCAGCGAUAUUUUAUCUCAGUCUCCACCAAGUUACGACUCGAGACCUCGCCAGACAACAGAACUCGUCUCGGUGUUGCGAAUGGUUUUCUGGGUACAGACUGUAUCAGGUUGCUGGGCUCUCUCGCUGUCUGUGUGUGUGUGUGUGUGAGAGAGAGAGAGCGAGCUUUUGCUGUAAUGCGUAAAGAUCUGCGGGGAUUUAUUCAGACGGAGUCAAGAACGCGCCGUGGACACACGCUUCUGCCAAAAUGCAUCUGUGCAUUCCUAAUGAUCUCGCACCGUAGAUGAUAUGCGAGCGUAAAGACGCUUUUGCAACUAAUUCCAGGAUUACAGUCCCUUAAAAACCAAACUUUGUCCAACUCAGUAUCCAACUUUCCAAACAACCAACAGGUGCGCACUGGCAUUGCGCAGCAGCGGCAGGUCUGGAAGCUUUGGUAGGAGGAUUAGUCUUGAUUUUAGAGAGCAAAGCAUUUCACUCUGUCCGGGACUGAUGAUUGAGAUUAUGUGGAUUCUACUCUGCGUUUAUCCUCUCCAAAUGUGUCCAAAACAGCACUGGUGUUCUGUAAACGACGCAUGUGUGUGGUGAUAACAAAACCCUCUCGUCUACAGCGCUUUGUGAUCGCCAACCACCACUCAUCCAAAUGAUCCUUCCAUUAUUAUUCCUUCUUGCAUCGCUUCUCCAACAAUAUGGCUCGGCAGCUGAAUCAAGUCAUGUCAGCAAAUUUCACCUUCCAAGUGUAAAGGAGCAAAACGGAGUGCAAGAUUCCCAUCAGGAGAAGAUCAUAACAGUGUCUGGAGAGGGAAUGGUCCACAGCCCAGACUUCCCACACACUUAUCCCAGGAAUACUGCAUUGGCCUGGAGAUUAGUGGCAUCCAGCAACAUGAGGAUUCAGCUCACCUUUGAUGAGAGGUUUGGUCUGGAGGACCCCGAAGAUGGCACAUGCAAGUACGACUUUGUGGAGAUAGAGGAUCUGACUGAGAAGACCAUCCUGGGUCGUUGGUGCGGGUCACAGUCGGUACCAACUAGUCACACUUCCAAGGGCAGUCAGAUCAGGAUCCGCUUCAUCUCUGACGAGUACUUUCCCUCUGAGCCGGGAUUCUGCAUCCGCUACUCCCUCCUUCCUAUGAGUGUAUCAGAGCCCGAAGUUCCUGCAGUCCUCCCUCCAUCCCUGCAGGGUGUUGAGGAGCUGUCAGAGGCUUUGUCAGGACUGAGCACUGUGGAGGAGGUCAUGAAGUACCUGGAACCAGAACGAUGGCAGCUGGAUAUGGAAGAGUUAUACAAACCUACAUGGCAUGUGCUAGGAAAAUCCUUCAUCCAUAAUAAGAAAGCCAAAGGGGCUGAUCUCAAUCAGCUGAGGGAGGAAGUUCGACUGUACAGCUGCACUCCACGCAACUUCUCUGUAUCCUUGCGCGAGGAGCUGAAGAGGACAGAUGCCAUUUUCUGGCCCAGCUGCCUCCUGGUGAAACGCUGCGGUGGAAACUGCGCCUGCUGCUCUCACCGCUGCUACGACUGUCAGUGUGUUCCCGCCAGAGUCACAAAGAAAUACCAUGAGGUUCUACUGUUGAAACAUCGAAGCGGUGGAAGAGGCCUGCAGAAGUCCAUGACUGAUGUGCCCUUGGAGCACCACGAGGAGUGCGCCUGUGUGUGUAAAGAUGACUGGGACUGACCUCACACAUGUGUAAGAGCUGCCACUGGAAUCACACAGGAUGUUUAACAUCCUGCCACUGUUGCAACGUUCUGUAUCUCAUCCACUUCCGCUGGGAGCUAACAAGAUUCUCCCUUUAUCCUAUUGUCCUUUCGCUAAUUGGAUGGAGCAGAACAGACUGGAAUCUAAUAAAACUUCUGAAUGGAUUUGACUGCUGUGGAAUACCAAUAGUGUGCUCUGAAUGCAUUUUAGAGAGACAAAAAUUCACUGGAGCAGAUCUGGACUAUUACCUAUGUGCUCUGAAGACUAUUUUCUUCAGCUCCUCUGAGAUAAGAGCGUUGAGGCAUUUUUGCCUUCUCUUCUUGAGGUCUUUUUUUAAAGUUCAGCCAGGCAGGGCUGAUAGUGUCAUGGAAAAUGGGAGCUUCUUUGUUCAAGUACUUUUUCUUAUGUCUAUAAGUGAGCUGGCUCCAGUUGCCUUACUCCCUCUGCUCCUCUAUUAUUACC